UCGAGUUGAUUGUUGUUUGCACGUUUAUCGCGCAAUACUAUUUGUCUAUAUUCUGAUUACUUUUAAAAUUCUUUAUUUAAUUUAAUUUGAUUUGUUACAUUUUUUUACUUUACAUAAACCUUUGUUAUUCAAUGAAAGUCAUGAAUAUUGUAAUUCACGUAACGACCAAUCAGAGCAGAGCAUGUGCCUCGAGUGGGGUCGAGGCGCCAUCUUUACUUUGGUGAAGCCAACAACUUUUGAGACGUUUUUGAGUGGUAGCAACCGAUCGGGUUGGAUCGUUAUCGUUGCGAGUGUUAAAUAAAGUCGGUUUUAAGUAAGAUCGGUGCCUUGAACCCACUGCUCGGUCCUAACCGUUAGUCUACCAACUUGAUGUGUGAAAGUGUUAAAUUAAAAUAGUCUGAAACUGUGAUCAUUGUUGUUUGUGCCCGCAUUUUACCCUGAUGACGCCCACUAAAUUUACAACCGUUGAUGACAAUAUCGACGAAAACCAUGUUUCUCCGACAUCAGAAGCGGGGCCGGUGCAAGCACAAAACGUGAGCAUGCAGACACCAGCAAAUGAUGAAUGGCGUGCGUUACUCGAAGCGCAACAAACCAGCAUUAGGCUACUUGUGGAGGCGCUAACCAACCCUCCGAAUAUCGAAGAUAAGAGCAUCACACUGCCUAAAUUUCAACCAGAAGAUGCAGACACAGACGCUCGGGCCUGGCUGGCAACCGCGGACAUUUGCUUAUCGGAUCGUGACAUACAGGGAAGUAAAUUAAUUCUUAUACUUAGUAAGGCUAUGAAAGGCUCAGCUGCAAUUUGGUUUUCUCAGAUAGCUUUUCCUAAUAUGAAGUGGGUAGAAUUUAAGAAUAUUUUUCUUUCUCGCUUCGAUACGUUAGAAACAUGUGCGGCGACGGUAUUAAAGAUGCUUACUGGCAAACCGCAAGAAAGUGAAUGUCUUGCUGCAUACGCUAGCCGUUUAUUUACUUUACUCAUGUCGCGAUGGGAUAAAUUAGGCAAGGAAGAAGUGGUGGUAUCUUUAAUACUUGCGCACAUGGGGCAAAUUGAGCCACGAUUACAGCGAAAUAUUUUCUCUGAAGAAAUAACUACCCGCUGUAAAAUGCAACGUGAACUAAUGGCCUUUUCUUACCGCAAGCGGAGCUCCCAAGAGCUGACAAAGAACGCAGCAAGCACUACGCAAGAUGCUAAACGCCCUAGGUUAAGUUCUGCGUCAACUAAAUGUUACGUUUGUGGAAAACUUGGCCAUAAAUCUUUUGAAUGUUUCAGCCGAUCACAUGACAAGCAGCAACCAACUCCGACUUCUGAACGCCCCAACACGGCCGUUACUGCGCGGGCCCCUGUGACCUGCUACAAGUGUGGUGUUGAGGGUCAUGUUGCAUCGCGGUGCAUAAAAGCUUGGCCAACUGUGAGCAAUAGCGCACAGCCCGCAUCCGCGCCCAGUGUUGUAAAGCGAGUGGAUGUGUGUGGAAUGAAACCUGUCACCGGGAUAAUUACGCAAUUUGAUAACGAGGAUGCACGGCCAUCAACAUCACACGAGGGCGUGUAACACGUCAGGACGGCCGUGUCGGAGGAAGUGAAUAGUCGAGUUGAUUGUUGUUUGCACGUUUAUCGCGCAAUACUAUUUGUCUAUAUUCUGAUUACUUUUAAAAUUCUUUAUUUAACUUAAUUUGAUUUGUUACAUUUUUUUACUUUACAUAAACCUUUGUUAUUCAAUGAAAGUCAUGAAUAUUGUAAUUCACGUAACGACCAAUCAGAGCAGAGCAUGUGCCUCGAGUGGGGUCGAGGCGCCAUCUUUACUUUGGUGAAGCCAACAACUUUUGAGACGUUUUUGAGUGGUAGCAACCGAUCGGGUUGGAUCGUUAUCGUUGCGAGUGUUAAAUAAAGUCGGUUUUAAGUAAGAUCGGUGCCUUGAACCCACUGCUCGGUCCUAACCGUUAGUCUACCAACUUGAUGUGUGAAAGUGUUAAAUUAAAAUAGUCUGAAACUGUGAUCAUUGUUGUUUGUGCCCGCAUUUUACCCUGAUGACGCC